AAAAAUGGUGUCCUUAACAUCAUCUUCUUCUUCAACACCAAAAAUAUCUUUUGAUUUCACCAAGAACAACAGCAAUACCAGUCUCAAUGUCCCUGUCUCUUCUUUUUCUUCUGAUUCUUCUUGCUUGAGAAGCAAGGAAGAAGCUGUUGUCACAACCAAGAAGGUCAUCGAACCCUGCAAAACCCUAAACAGCAACAUCAAUCCAAAGGAUGAUCAGGAGUUUAGAGAUGAGAAUAAAAUGGUGAAAAAAGCUCUUGAAGAUCCAGAGAUCGGUGUGUUCGGAGCUGAGAAGUACUUCAACGGAGACAUGGAUUCAGACCAGAGUUCUACUGUUCUGUCUAUAACAAACCCAGAAGCUGAGAGACUCGUUGAUGAUCUGAAGCAGAACGAGAAGAAAUCUACUGGAGCGCCGAGUGUCCACUCUGAAGCAAGCUGUAAUAGUCAGAGCAUGUUGCUUCAGAACAAACUGGCGAAUAGCUGUAACGGUUCCGUGCAGGAGAAGAAAAACAAUAGUGGUCAGAUUCAAAAAGUGGUCAACAAUAAGAAGAGUUUUCUCAUGAAUCUAGGGUGUAAAUGUGCGUGUUCUGAUGGGAUCUCAGUAGAUGUCGAUGAUAAGAUCUUGGUUAAGAGAAGCUCUGAUCUGAUCAACAUUCAGAAACAAGAAGAGUUGGUGCAGAGGAAGUCUCUUGAAGUGCUUGGAUCUCCUGUUGAGAAGAAGAGGGUUCUUGCUCAGAAGAAACUCACAUUGCCUCCACGGGAAUCAAGAACAGAGGAAGAAGACACAACGAGUGAAGGAAGUGAUACAAGCUCAGAUCUAUUUGAGAUAGAUAAUCUUACAGGGAAACCUAAAACUUUUCUUGCAAGGCAAGGAAGUGAUCCUACAUGUUAUGCUCCAAGCGAAGUAAGCAUAGAGUGGAGCAUAGUGACUGCAAGUGCUGCUGAUUUCUCUGUAAUGUCAGAAUGUGCGACAAGCCCUCUAGGAAGAAACCAAUUUCUUCAGAUCCCUCCUCGGAUCCCUACUAAAACUGCACCACAGAGACUGAAACCUAGCAGUGCAAGUGGUGGUUUCUUGAGCUGCAAGAGUCAUAAGUCUGUUAUGGUUUCUGGUGAUUCAGACAGGAGAAGUAGCAUGAACAAGAAAAAGACAUCCCUGGCUUAUGUUCCUAGACAUGUCCAAGUUAUGGAGACUAAUAAACGUAAGAGUUUGGAGACAAGAAGAAGGACCAGCAACAGCUCACCGUCACCUCUUCUAUACAGUCAGUACUGAUAAUAUAAUGUCUUGUUGAGUUUUUUUUUUAUUAUUAUUAUCACAACUUCAUCUUCCACAUGAAAA